GCCCAAUGCACUAUCCAAAGAUAUUAAAUGCCACGCCCGACUCUCGAGGCUUCUCAUGGGUUCGGAUCCUCGGGUCAGGGUAUGGGUCUACGUGGAAGCUUUGUAAGAGGCGACGUGUUCUCUGUUUCCGACAUUAAGCUCUGUUUACUUCUCCGUCUCCAUCGCCACCGGACUCUCUUCUCUUAAAGAUAAAAAGGAAAACUUUUUGCUUAAUCAUCUCUGCGUCGAAUUGCUCUCUCUCUCUCCACACAAAAAUGAGGACGAUCGUUACGCGUUUGAUCCGUCACAAAUCCUCUGUUCCCCAGACACGGUUCGUAUCUGCAUCAUCCACCGGCGGGAGGUAUCUCUCUACCGACUCCAACAAAAUCGACGAGCCUUUCAAUGUGGAAGAAGCAGAGACUGUUCAUGUCCCUCCACCUCUAACUGAAAAGCUGCUUGUCCUUGGUGGAAAUGGGUUUGUGGGAUCACACGUCUGUAAAGAAGCUUUAGAUCGCGGCUUAUCUGUCUCUAGCCUUAGCAGAUCAGGUAGGUCGUCUUUACAAGAGCCAUGGGCUACCAGAGUUACAUGGCAUCAAGGUAACUUGUUAGAUCCUAACCUCAACAUGAUAUUUAAUUUUAUGUUUAUUUUCUUAUUAUAUUUUUACCCUUUUUUCCCCCUAGGAAACCUUCUAUCAUCUGAUUUAUUGAAAGAUGCUCUUGAUGGAGUUACUUCUGUGAUCUCUUGUGUUGGUGGUUUUGGUUCAAACUCGUAUAUGUAUAAGAUUAAUGGGACUGCAAACAUCAACGCUAUUAGAGCUGCUUCAGAGAAAGGUGUGAAACGAUUUGUGUAUAUAUCUGCUGCUGAUUUCGGAUUAGCUAAGUACUUGUUGAGCGGUUACUAUGAAGGAAAGCGUGCUGCUGAGACUGAGCUGCUCACAAGAUUUGCUUAUGGAGGGAUAAUCUUGAGGCCUGGUUUUAUAUACGGAACUCGCAGCGUUGGGAACAUGAAGAUCCCAUUGGGAGUCUUUGGUUCACCCAUGGAGAUGGUUCUUCAACAAGCAAAACCACUGAACCAGCUCCCAUUAGUCGGACCUUUGUUCACACCUCCGGUGAACGUUGAAUCAGUUGCCAAAGUUGCGGUUAGAGCGGCUACUGAUCCAGUGUUCCCUCCAGGGAUUGUCGAUGUUCAUGGUAUACAACGUUACAGCCAACAGAAAUCAAGAUAAGUCACGUUUUGAAGUAUGUUUUGUCUUGCCAUCAACACUAAGGCACAAAGAGUGUUUUGUUUUGUCUCCCCAUGAACUUCCCACAAAUAAAUAAAGAAAGACAAACUCUUUUUUUAUUGAUAACUGUACAAUCCCUAAGAGAGCAAAGCUACUUUUGUAUAGCUCUCCAAAACUUUUUCCUAUAUCACAUUUUUAUAUACAAACUUUGAAAAUCUCACUGGA